AUGGUUUUAAAGAAUAAACCAAUUAAAUAUUUUAAAAAAUAUGCUUUUAAAAAUAAGUCUUUUUUCAGUCAUUUUAACAGAAAAGAAUAUGACAUAAUUUGCACACAAUUUCAUACAUGUAUUAGAAGAUCAAAUGAUAAUUUAAAUAAUAACAUAUUAUAUAAUCCCUUCUCAAGAGUAAGUUACAGAUUAUAUCAAACAAAUAAAUGUGAACAAAAUUUGAAUGAAAUAUUACAAAAGGCGAAUGAUAUAUUAAAAGAAACAAAUUUUUAUGCAUACAUAAAACACGAAGAUGUAGAUGUAGAAAAUAAUUUAAAAUUGAAAAAGAAAAUAGAUAAUGAUGUAGAAGUGUUUAAAUUAUUAAACCUUUUGAAUAAAAUAUUAAUGGUAAUAAAAGAAAAUGAUGAUUUAAAGUUAAAGGUAUGGAAUAAUCCUAUAUUUAUUGAUUUUUUAUCAUAUAUAAAGUUAAAAAUUCCUUUAUUCAAUUUUUAUGAAAUGUUUUUAUUUGUAUUGUGUUUCUCCAAAAUUGAAUUUAUGCCCCAUGAUUUGUUAGAAGAAAUCAUGUUAGUGAUAAAAGAAGAAAAUUAUUUACUUCAUUUUUUAAAAGAAGAUAAAACUAAAUUUUUUCAAUUCUUAUUAAUGUUAUCUAACAUAAAAAAUUUAAGAGGAAAGUAUAUUAAAGAAGAAAAUAAUUUGAAUAAGAAUCAUAUAAAUAAUAAUCAUGUGAAUGAAAAAUUGUCGCAUUAUUCCACUUUUAUAAAUAAUUACACCAAUGUUAUUUUGAAAGGCUUAAUUAAAAAGGAAGAUGAAAAAGGCCUAGACGUAGAAGAGACAAAAAAUUAUAUGAACCAAAUAAUUCAUACUAAUGAUGAAAAUAUACAUGAUAUAAAAAAUUACAAUUUAGGUGAAGAGGAAAAUGAAUUAAAAACUAAGUUAUCUCGCACAUAUGAAUUAGAUUGUUAUAUGUUAUUGUGUACGGCUUUAUAUAAUUUAAAUGUAAAAAAUGGAUUCUUAUUAUAUCAUAUAAGUAAUCAAAUAAUUAAUAUAAUAGAAAAUAAAAAUAAUGAAAUGAUAAAAGAGGAAAAUAUGUAUACAGAAAAUAUACAAAAUAUAAAUGAUCACAAAAUAAAACAAUAUAUUGAAACAAAUGAAAUAACAUUAGAGAAAAUAGAAAUUGCUAAAAAAUUAAUUAAUAUAUAUUUAUCAUAUUCUUCAUUAGGAUGUGAUAAUUAUCAUUUUUAUGAUAAAAUGAAUUCUUUUUUAUACAAUACAGUUGAAGCAAUUCCAAUAUCAAAUUGUUUAACUUUACUUUUGUCUAUAUCCACUUUGAAAGAACAAUCAACUUUUAAUUUCCCUUUAUGUAUUUUAUCUAUAUUAGAAAAAAAAUUCAUAAACAAUUUUUACGUCCUUGAUACAAGAGAUUUGUUAUUAUUAAUUUAUUUAUUUACAUAUUUAAAAUUAUACGUUUCGCAUCAUGAGGCCUAUGUAUGUAUGUUGGAUUAUUUGGUAAAUUUCCAUAAUUUUGAUAAUUUAUCUAGCGAAGAAGAUCAGGUAAAAUUAUUGCAAAUUUAUAUUUCGCUAGCUCAAACUAGCCAAAAUGGUAUUUUAGAAAAGAAAGAAAAAAAAAAAAAAAAAAAAAUUUGUAUUGGAGAAAAUGAAUAUAACAAAAAUGUAGAUAAAAAUGAAAAAGAAAGUAGAUAUGAAAAACAAUAUGAGGAUAAAAAUGAGGAUGAAGAAAAAUUAGAUUAUUGUGAUGACCUUGAAAAUAAUAAUAUUAAUAAAUUAAUUGUGGAAAAAUUAAAAACGAAUGGUGUUAUGGAUAAACUUUUCAAAAAUAUUAAAAUAGAAAAUGAAACAAAUAUUCCUGAAAAAAAUGAGGAGAUUAAUGAAUAUAUAGAUGAUCUAUAUUCCUUAUUAACAAAUGAAUUUGAUAAUAAAAUUUGUAAAAUCAUAAAUAUCAAGAAAAAUGAAAUAUAUUUGAAUUAUUACUUAAAUCACGUAUAUGUGCUAUUACAAAAAAUCGAUAAUCCAAAUCAUGAAAAAGAAAUAGUUAUACAUUUUGAUACAAACCAUGUUGAUUAUGUGUCUAACCCUAUAGAUAUAUAUAUCAAUAUGAAAAAACAGCAUAUCAAUAAUUUUAAUAGAAAAUAUAUUUUAAUUAACAUGUAUAUAUGGAAGAAUUUUACAAUUGAAGAAAGGAAAAGGUUUAUAUAUGACAACAUAAUAAUGUGA